CGCGACAACGAGGACACACAAACCAGGCAAUGGAGAUUACGCUUUGGGCGUUUCGUCGUUGAGUCUGAGGCUUGAGGAAGAAGAAGAUGGUGAUGGGGAGGAAGAAAAGCUGUCAUGUUCAUAGUGCUCCUUCCGAUGACGAUACAAUGUUUUCUCAAGAUCAUAAACCCAAGAGGAUCUACCAACUCUGGCCCGGCAACAAUAGAUUUUUUUGUGGAGGGAGACUAGUCUUUGGUCCAGAUGCAUCUUCGCUCCUUCUGACAACAGCUAUGAUUGGAGGUCCUGCUCUCACUUUCUGCAUACGAAUGGUGUUUUUGAUCGGGAAACGCUAUCCUUUGUUCCACUCUCUUGUAUUGUUGGGUGCACUUUUGCUCACUGUCUUGGAUUUUAUAUUUCUCUUCUUAACAUCAUCGAGAGAUCCAGGGAUUAUCCCUAGAAACAAAGAAGCUCCUGAAGCAGAAGGGCUUGAUAUGAUCACUCAAUCCUCAGAGUGGGUAAACAACAAACUCGGUAAUACAAAAAUACCUCGAACCAAGGAUAUACUGGUGAAUGGUUACACUGUCAAAGUUAAAUUUUGUGAUACAUGUUUGCUUUACCGUCCUCCUCGCGCCUCUCACUGUUCAAUCUGUAACAACUGUGUUCAAAGGUUUGAUCAUCAUUGUCCAUGGGUUGGCCAAUGCAUCGCUUUACGAAACUAUCCAUACUUCAUCUGUUUCAUAUCAACCUCAACACUCCUCUGCUUGUACGUCUUUGUCUUCUCAUGGAUCAGUAUGCUUGAGACAACUUAUGAGAAUUUCCGGUAUCGGUAUGACAAGAAAGAAAACCCUUAUGGAAAGGGUCUCUUCAAGAACCUAUAUGAGUUGUUCUUUGCUAGAAUUCCACCUCCCAUGACCAACUUCAGAGACUGGGCUCCAGAGGAACCUGACGAGGAGGUUGGAUCCAUUGCAUCUGAGCUAGACCGAACCUUUGGACCCCGAGGAGAUAAAUAUGAUAUGGAAAUGGAAAUUGGCGGUUGCAAAAACAGUAAGGGAGGUUUGCGCCUCCAGACACUGGAGUAUGACAACAACAACAACAACAACAGCGAAGAAACUGUCAAGAAGAAAGGGUUAGAUGAAGGAACCACAGGGACCAAUACCGCGUUUUACAUCCCGGGGAUUCAAGAACCCGCGAAUAUAACAAGAAACUCGAGCAUUGAUGUGAGAUCGAGGUAGGACAACAAAAAACAAAACCAUGGAUCAGAACAUAGAUCUGUUGCAGAAUCUUUGCGCCUGUGAAAAAUGCUUGUUGACUUGUGUAAACUAUACUCUCUUUGUUUCUAAAGCUAAUCGCUUUUUGUCUUCAACGAGUAAACUUUUCAACUCAGA